UAUCGAUCGAAAUAACUCUACCAUUCAGUUUUGAAUUGAUUUAUGUAGUUGUGCGGCCAUUUUAUUUCGGAUAAAGUGAAUGAAACAGGGACAUUAUCUGGUCUACAAUUAAGGUUGAUGGAGGUUUCUGAGCGGAAUGUCGACUCAAAAUUAACUGAAGGUUCGGCUGAAUUGACGCCCCUCUGUGAGCCUUGCCGGGCCGACGGGAAGGAACUAGAGGCCCAUGGAUUCUGCAACAAUUGCAAUGAGUACAUGUGUCCGUCUUGCAUCAAAGUUCAUGGGAAACUGACGGCCACGAAACAUCACAAUGUACUUGGCAAGCAGAAAAUGCCCACUCAUUAUCCGGCGCGUAAAAAGGCUCCAGACGUCUCGUGCUUGGAGCUUUGCAAAGACCAUCCACCGGAAGCAAUCAAGUUUUUCUGCCCAACACAUGCGCAGUUAUGUUGCGGGGAUUGCAUUGUCCUAGACCACAGGGCGUGCAAGAUCGAUUAUAUACCGAGAGUCGCGCCUUCUUUCACGGCAAGCAGUGAGUUCAAAGCCAUCGUCAAAAAGGUGGAAACGCUUGAGGUCGCUUGUACAAAUAGUGAGAGAAAUCUUGAAGCGCAUGAACAGUCGGUGCUGGAAUUAAAUAUAAUCGAGAUAAAGAAAAUACAAGCUUUUAGGGUGGAAAUCAACGAAUAUCUUGACAAACAAGAAAAGGCUCUUAUCAAAUUCAUGGACGAUGCAAAAAAGAAAGACACAGACUGUAUACGGAGAUGGCGCGAGGACAUAAACGCUGCGAAAUUAACACUAGCUGAGACAAAAUCUAGACUCAAAGAUCAGAAUACCGCUUCUAACAUCUAUAUAGCAGCAAGACAUGCAGAAAAUCUGUUAAACGACAUUCAAACAAUGAUAAUGAAAGCUAAGACGGAAAACCUAUUGACGGGUUACAAGUUUUGUCGAGAUAAGAAGACUGAAGAGCUGCUGUCCUGGAACGACGCGCUAGGGAGAGUUGAUCAGAGUAAGGUUAGGUAUCUGUCAACGUACGAGUCCAGCGUAUUCAAAAAACCUCAGCGCCUAAUAAUCACUAAAAAGAACAAUAUCCUUGAAGUCUGCGAUGAUGUCCUUGACGAGAUAUCCCGCAUAGACAAGCCGUGUGUUAUCGUGGCAAUUGCGGGUCUGUAUAGAACAGGGAAAUCAUAUUUGAUGAAUCUUCUCGCUAACUCACAAACAGGUUUUGCAAUUGGUGACUCAAUAGAGUCAAAGACCAAAGGCAUCUGGGUUUGGUGUAGAGACCAUCCCGAACAGAAGAACACUGUGCUUAUGCUUCUGGACACGGAAGGAUUGGGAGACGUUGACAAUGGCGACUCAAACCAUGACAACCACAUUUUCACACUUGCUACACUGCUGUGCAGCACAUUGGUGUACAACAUGAAGGGAGCGUUUGAUCAGGACGCUGUAAACAAACUCACAUUUGUUUCUGAAGUGUCGAGAAACAUCAAAUUUGGCGGUCGAUGUGGUGAAGGAAACAGUCUUUUGCAAUGCGUCUUGCCUGGGUUUGUGCUCGCUUUGAGAGAUUUUUCGCUGAGAUUGAUCAAAGGUGGUAGGCAGAUAACAUCAGACGAAUACCUUGAAGAAUAUUUGGAAACUAAUACGAGAAAAGAUGUUUCUUUCAACAAACCACGGGAAUGCAUCCGGAAAUUUUUUCCACAGGACAAACGGAGAUGUUUUGCGUUCCCUAUCCCUGGAAAUAUUGAAACAUUGGAAAAACUAGAAAGCCUUACAUUUGAAGAGCUUUCACCGAGAUUUAAGACCGUUACAACAAUGUUUGUGUCAUAUAUCUACAGCCAGGAACCAAAACAACUCCAAGUUAGCAAACCAAUCAACGGACCAAUGUUUGUCACGCUAACAAGAAAUUAUGUGGACGCUUUUGCAAGCGGAUCUGUGCCUGAUGUUGACGAUACAUUUGCAAUGGUUGCUAAAAUCGAAAAUCAAAGAGUGAAAAACGAGUGCAUGAACAUGUUUCACUCCAAAAUGAAGGAAUUGCUGUUGCCUCUUCCAUCAAAAUUGCUUGAUAAACAUUUCACGGAUGCCCGAUGGUCUGCGCUUGAAUACAUGCGUACAAAUACUAUCAAGGAUAUCGCCAAUGCUGUUGAAAGAGAUGCUCAAAUGGAAAUGGACUUGUUCCAGCAACAGUGUCAACGAGCAAACGAAGAGAAAAUAGAGGAACUCUGUAGAAACAUACUUGACGGUAUGGAAUCCUUAUGUAAGCUGAAAGCGGGGUCGGAAAACAAAGAAUAUGAAGUCCUCGGAGGCCAUAGAAUUUUCAAACGAGACGUGGACAAAAUGAGGAAAGAGUAUGAGCAAGCUCUUUUGGGAUAUGAACAAAGAGAGAUCAGAUUGGUUUGGAGAAGGUUUGCAAGUGAUCUUUCUUUGGUUGAAAAUCAAAUCCUUGAUAAAGACAAUAAGCUUUCUAAGAAAGAAAAAAGGAGGGAGAAAGAAGAAAAUGAGUAUGCAAUGGAAAAAAUGAUAGUCGAGAUGGCGCAGGACAGUCAGAAGGCUUUAGAAAGACAACAGAAGGAAAUGGAUGAGCAAAAUCUAAAGUUAAAUGCAGAACGCGAAAGACGAAACAAAGAAUAUGAAAACAAGUUUACAGGCUUACUUAACAGGAUUGCAGCUCUUGAAAAAAAUAAGGAAGACCAUCAGAAAUAACUUAAGCAAAUCCAAGCAUUGCAGGAGAAAAACAGGGUGGAAAAGUUAAGAAUUGAAAAGGAACAACGAAAAGAACUGGACAAGAAGGAACGGGAACGAAAAGACAAGUUUGUAUCUACAAGAUUAUGGGAUGCUCUUUGGAAUUAUUAAGAUACGAUUUUUGAAUUAUAAUAAAAACCACGAUAUCUGCGGAAUUAAGUUAGAGAAUUCACCUCAACAUUUUGAAUGUUGAAAUUAAUAUAACAGUGGGUCAUGAUCAUACUUUAAAAAUAGGUUAUAUAUUUAUGUAUUGAAAUAUUUUUCCUAACCAUUCCAGUACGGUUUGUAGGCUAGGAAAUGCUCUAGCGUCGCUAAAAUCUCGAGACAGAAAUAACUGACACAACCUGAAAUAAACAACACUACCUUAUUUUACUCUCGCGAGCAGUAGUAAAUAUCAAGAAACAUAAUAUUCGAAUAAAGCAAGAAGCAGAUGACAGUUCCGAUCUAUAGUGACAACAGGUUCACUAGUUGUUGGCCAUUUCUAAGAUCAUAAAUUGUAACAUAACCACUAACAAAUCGUAUUGAGCAAAUCGCUAAAAAAGGCGAAUUCGCAUCAUUGAAAUUUAUAGUGAUGAUCUCGAAAACUUCCCUGAGUUCUGCAUUUAGUGAUGGUCAAAUGACCCUUCUAACAUUCACUUUGGACAACGUUGCUAAAAUGGCCGCGCUUCGUCUUUUUGAAAUGACGAUUUGCUUAUAUGAGUGAAAAAGUACUGUAAAUGUGUGUUAUCCGUGUGUGCUGUGAUAUUACUAUUUUCAUAUAACAAUAUUGUUUAUUUUGCUAAAAAAUAAAACCUUUUUAUUAUGAUGAUGCUCUAUUCAAAAUUAUCUCCGGACUUGAUUCGCUUAAUAGAAAAAAAUAAGAAACUGUUUUAUAUCAUCGAGAUAAAUUCAUAGUUACUUUAUUUGAAGGCGGUAGUAGAUGAAACGUUUAGAUUUUCAAACUAAAAUUAUAAAAUACAAAUCUUGAUUGUUCUCCUUAACUUUAAUUAUUGAGCUUGAAGGACUUAAAAAUAUAAACUCGUUUAUACUUAUGUAAUAUGCAUUUUUCUCGUCAUCGGUAACAAUUAAACUCUCGCCGAAACGCUUCAUAUAAACAUUGCACAAUGACAGACAAAGGAGAUUGGUUUCACGAUCAAUUCUAGGAAGAGAACGUAUUUUCAGUCUUAACUCCGUUAAUGAGAAUUAGCAUUUAGUAAUCAGGUUUCGCUUUUACAAUUUGUGUAAAAUAAGAUAAGCCUGAAAAAGGUAACAGAGCCAAUAAUAAAUAUUAUAUUUGUAUCCGUCUAAAUUUGUUUAAAUUGAAACGAAUCUGUUUCCGGUGUAUGAUCAACCAGGUUGUUUGUUCUGAUUUAAGCAUUCUAUAUUGCUUGAAUCAUACCGUGAGUUUGGAACAUUCAUUUCAAGUUUUAUAGUGUUUCUUUUCGAUUUAGUUUGUAUAAGGACAAAGAUUAAUCAAUUGACAUGACGUCAUCGCAAACUCUCAUAAAUAUCCUAAUGUGCUUUUAUUUUUGGGACCAAAAUGCAAUAGAACUAACUAAUACUCAGUUUGCUGAAACUUAUCAACAGUACUGGAAAUCAAACCAUUAUUUUCUCAUUUCUCAUUGUACUUGACACGAGUAAAUUUUUGCCGAUUCGGUGUUUCACGAGGCAAUAAAUUUGAUUUUUAAGACCUUGCAUUGUUUCUGUGUCAUUAUAAACCAAAAACUUUUAUCAAAAAUGAACUUUAAUGCGUCCUGUCAGAACAUAAAACUACCUUUAAAGAUACACCUAUCUACCGGGACAUCGGUAAACCGAAAACGUCUUCUUCUUCUGCUUUUGCUCUUUUUUGUUACCGACGGUUUUCUUCAUUCGAGUUAAGCGUCAUGAUAAUUGGAUAAUCAGCUUAGUUGUUCGAAAAUGUGUAUGAAUUUGUAGACCUUCAUUAGUAAUGAACUGUUGUGUACUAUUUAUCUCUGACUAGUAAACGUUGUCAAUUUAAGCUGAACUAAACAAAAGGGAAACCACAAAAUUUGGAAGCGUUUAUCUCUGAUAACGUUUUACCUGUAAAAAGCAUUCAUUUUGCUAUAAAAUAUUUGCACAUAAUGCUAAAUUCGUAUUAGUCAUUAACUCGGGAUAAUUAUGGUGGUUGAAUGCUAUCGUGUUCCCGCACCAAUCUCUAAUUAAAUUUAUUCGGCUUGCUCCAAUUUCACAUAAACGCAAUCAAUUUGUAUGAACGUAUGCAAUUAAAGUGACCAUUUAUUUCGUACCGAAUAGUACCAAACAAUACAUAUUGUAAUGCCGUAAAUAGAUCUGAUGAUACCUGAUUUCGAUUUGCGGUACUAAAGUCUAUAAUCCUUCGGCCUACAGCCUGAAAACGACAUAAUGCUAUAAUGAAAUAAAAUGAAAGCUGUUGGGGUUAAUGUCAGAAUUAAAAGAUGAUAAAGAGAAAACUGAACCUACACUUUAUGAUCUAAUGCAUUGCAUACAAUAGUGUUAAAUCUUUUAUGAAAAAAUACUCCGAUAAAAUAUAUUAACUCAGAUCUGAUGAACACUAAGAGAAUGAAUGAAUAAAACAGGUUAAACGUCUGAUUUGUUAUAAUUAUAGUACUAUUUCUUAUAUUGAAAGUAAGUUAGGGUUAUCAUGAAAGGCAUUUUGAAAUAAUCGUUUGAUUGUCAGAGGUAAAUAAAUUUAUUUAUAUUUUAUUUGCUGUUGUUUUUAACGUAUACGUAGUGUUUAGUUUUGAGAUUGUAUGACUUUACUUUUUGCUGUGAGGUUUCAAUAAAACGAGUGUAUUCAA